CGUAUUCACACGUUAGGAUGAGACGCUGAAAACGCGAGAAUUGAUCCCGCCAAAUGACGAUAUUCCGGAUGACAAAACGCGAGCCAAAGCCCCCCUGGUAGUGAUGCAUUAUCCGGUGCCUGUCCGCUUCGGAAUCGAUUCGAGCUCCGGUUCUGCGAUAGACGUGUAUUCCCUGAGAACGACGUACUCCACGCCGGCACUCAGUCCGAGGAAGGGAACUCGAAAUCCCGCGGCUCCGGGACCGAACGACGGAAGAAAACAGCUAAAACCACCCGAACAUUCGUCUACCUACGUUGCCACUAACAAAGAACUUUCGAUAGUCGAUAUUUCUUCGUUUAACUACAGCGCGUACCGUCACAAACUCGUUGAAUCAGCACUGAGGAAAAUCUACGGGAAUAAUUAUCCGCCGGGAGACGUUGUACUAAAUUCCAUAGAACUUAACGCGAUCGAUUCGUCCUCGGUAGAAACGGAUCUCGAGGUCAAAUACAACGGCAGUUUCUUCGACUUUCUCCAAGACUGGGAAAGAGCACAUCCGAAGAGCAAACCGGAGAUGGAGUAUCUCCACCCCUUGGAUCUGUUCGUUCCGAAAACGAGCGAGAAACCAAUUACCAGCGAUAAGCAUACCGAGACCCUCCUCAGCACGGAUGAUGACGAAUUUUCGGAUCGUUCGACCCUUCCGGCGAGCCGUCCGGUCACGAGGAGACGUCCGAACAGUCGCUCGCUUUCGAACGCCUCUUCCCGUUCGCCGCUGAGUCGCGUUUCCUCGAAAACACCCUCGGUUCGACCGGUUUAUUGCGGCGCCAGUUCGCGAAGUUUGUCGUCCGAAAGUGCGAAAAGAAUUUCCUCCGGCGCCCUCCAACGAUCGGACGAUGCCAAUUUCAGAGUGGAAGUCAAGGGAAAAGCGAACCCCCCGAAGAUCGGGCAUCCCGAUCGUCCGGGAACGCCCGAUUCCUGUAUGGAGCCGAUACCGAAGAAGUUCAAAGUUUCGAAGAGGCCUCACACCGCGCCGAAUAACCGUCAGCCGAGAACAGUCGUCGAGCACAAGGACGAAAGUGAAGAGGAGAAGGCGGGCGUACCCGAGAUUCCUCCACCUCGGACGAUCGAUCGAGUCCUCGUCGAGGAGAAUCCGAUCUCCGCGAAACCUACGCAGGUCUCGAUGAUUCCGAGACCGAGAACGAGCAACAAGUCGAGGCAGCCGGAAAUCGAGGAGAGGACGAUCGUCGACGGGCGAGCGGAUGGUCCGAAGCGUUCGGUGACGGGAAAAGUGAAAAAUCUCGAGAGUCGGAACUGCGUUGGAUCGAGGAGAUGCGGCAGCACUCCUCCCUCGCGUACGGUCAGCCGCAAUCCUUCGCCGAUCGGGAGACCGAAAACCGCCAACGCCGCUCCGAGAGUCUCGAGAUCCAAGCUACCGACCGCAGCCGCUACUCCCCGAAGGUAUAAAAAAUCUCAGGUUACCGAAUCUCCUCCGAAAUCGACGGCGGCGAAUCGCGAGACUCCGACCGUUGAGAAUACGACAAAGGAAGAAUCGUCUCUGACUAUAACGAUAACGUCCCACGGUGGUUCUUCGCACUCGAGAAACGUGAUGAGCGAGACUUCCAGUGGCUUGAAUCAGAGUUUGGACAGUUCAAAUUCGGCGAAAUGUAUUCUUCAGCUACCGGUUCUACCCUCGAGUCUCUCUUCGUGUUCUUUGAUAGGUACGGGGCCCCGGGAGUCUCCCGUGAAAGAGACGAGAGAUAAGUCGGAGUACGAAAACGUGACCGCGGAAAAAAUCGCCGUACCUCGCCGAGGUGGAAAUAUGAUGAGCAGAGGUGAAUCAGAUAGCAAGAAGAUCAGCGGUAACAAACCGGCGAUACAAAAACCGACGAGAUCCCUCUCGUUUUCGACCGCCCGGCAACGGAGUUGCGGCAAAAAAAUCGCCGAAGGUUUCAACGGAGUUCAGGAAGUUGAUUCGCGUGUAAAUUUUGCCUCGGAAAAUCCGUUGCGUCGCAAAGACCGCGAAUCGAGUCUCGAGGGUUCGGCGAACGUCGGGGAGAAGCUUUCGAUCCAACGAACGCGAAUUCCGAGCCCAAUACCACCCGGGUACAAAGUCGGAACCUCGCAUACCUCGUCAGAGUCCAGAACAUCGAAACAAUCCGCGAACUCGAAGAUCGCCGGGAGUCCGGAGAGGCUGAAAAAUCAAGAUUCGAAAAUACCCGAGGCGUCGGGGACCCAGAAAGACCUUUCCGAGAGCGCGAAAAACGCCGAACUCGACAAAAUUUCCAGGAUGCUAAAAAACAAGACCAGACAACGCAGGGCCUCGCUAUCGGAUGCGGAGUACGAGAAACCGAAAAUGCAAGAGGAUCCCGGAGACCGGGUCGCGCAACCCGAAACGAAAGAAAGCGGCACUACCAGAGCUGAGUCAACGAUUCAACGUAGCCUGCGAAACUACAUAAAAAAACUAAAGAUCGUAUUAUCCGACGAAAACAGUAACUUAGCCGCCGAAGAAAUGGCGUCUAUAAAUCUGACCGACGCGAUCCUUUCAGACAUGAGAUCAGUUCUCUGUUACUCGGAACUCAACAAGCUGGAGGGUCUUCUGAAGCUCGCGGAAAGAUCCACCGUCGCGGAACGUAAUCUACGCGAAAGAAAGAAAAUUAAAUGAAUGUUGAAAUUCUUUACCGUUUCAGUUACAGUCCCCCGUGUCAACUGUGAUAGUCAAAUUUAACGAAAAAAAAAAUAAUGAAAAAUUUUCAAAUAAAAAGUCGCAUGUGUUUUGAGUAAAGCCCACAUGACUGCUGUGCACCUCGAUUUUUUUCGCAAUUAUUUUAUGGGAUGCGCGAUGCGGUCGGAAGACUUUUAUAUAUUCAUAAUCGAAGCGGUGAACUCAUCGGAUCGACGCGUUUUAUCUAAUGUCGAUGUCUCGCUAUUGAUGAUUCGCUGGUCUGUUUUUGCUCCGAGAAUUGUAGUGUAGAAAAAGUUUUUACAGAUGUGACGGUCUAUCGACGCGAACGUGAGUUAAUUAUUCUUCUGUGGACCAUCAAAGUUUUUUCUCAUAUUCUUUUUUUCAACGCGCAUCUGUUCCUGCACACGAAUUUUUGUUGUUUUUCGAUUAUUCUUUCACGUCAAAAAAAAAUACCCAAUUAUACCGGUUGAUGCUGAAACAUGGUCACGCCUAAUUCGAAAGAGCUAACAAUUUCGCUUCCUUUUCCUUAAAUUUUGUUUUUCAAACCACAGAAACGAAAUUAUCAAAUCUGGCUCGACUUAGGUUGACGUCGGACGCAGUUUUCGUAUCAGAAGAGCUUUGCAUGGGUAUUGAGAAAAGUUUUAUUCAAAUGCACGGACCACUUGUAAUCCAGAUAUGAGCGAUCCUUUAUCGGAACAAACGAUAAAAAAUUCCGAGAGUUAUCUUUUGAAAAAUAAUCAAAAAACCACCACUGUUUCAUCAUGAAUAUUUGAUAGCGUAACGUUAACUUGACGACGGUUUUCAAUUUCAAACUCCAAUCUCCACUCCCUUUCGGGUCGAGAUACUUAUGAACUGUAAUACGAGCUAUAAAAGCACUUUUCUCUGUUCAAUGUACACCGCCGGUAGAGGACCUCUUCCUUUUCUCCUUUUUUUUCCCCCGCUUUUUUCUUGUUACAUUCAUUCCAUCGUCAUUCCAUCGACGCCAUACUUAAAAAAAAAAAAAGAAA